CUUUCUACACAUCUGGGAAUGUGUGUCUUAUGUUUUAGCACAAAAGCGUAAGAGGAAAAUCUUCCUAGUUUUACCAGUGUAGUUGUCCUGUUGCUAUCUGCCUUCUCUAUUCCCUAGUGAUACUGACAAGGUCAGAGGGGAGCCUUAUUUGGUUUCCACAUAUGCCCAUCCACCCUUUUUCCUUAUUGCUUCAGUGUUUAUUCACAAUUGCUAGUCUGGUCCUUGAAAAAGGCUUUUCCCCUAAAAUUCUGGUUUAACUGGAGAACAGAAGUGGGGACUGGGAAAGAAAUGGCCGAGGGGUGGGCUACCUGGGGUAGAAUGGUGAUCCUAGCAUUCUCUGUUCUUGGAGAGGGGGGUGAAGGAGGAACGUGUGUUCAUAUAUGAAAGUGGGAUUUAUAUAUCUAUUUUGCUCGGACCAGUGGUAUUGGGUGGGUAGAGGUGAGAUCUGUAGUUCAAAUAUUGUUUAGGAAAAGGUUCUGAUGUAUUGACCACAGUUCUGACGGGCAAGUGUGGGAGUGAAGAUUCUCAGAAGUUUCCAUCAAAUGUAUCAGGCUCUUGCCAUGUGGAGACUUUGAAGCAUAUUACAGCUGCAAACCUACGCUAUUUACUUGGAAGCAAAUUCUGUUGGAUUUAUUCUUGGCCAGCUCUGGGCAGCUUGCUUCUUGCUUCAUGAGGCUCAACCCCACCUGACUGUGACCCUUGGACGACUGAAGUUGAGGAGCAAAACCUCUGCCUUCUGCCAUGGCUGACCCCAUAAUGGACCUCUUUGACGAUCCGAAUCUCUUCGGCUUGGACUCGUUGACAGACGAGAGCUUCAACCAGGGCCCCCCGGAUCCCAUUGAGGAGGCGCUGGGGCUGCCGGGCGGGGCCUUGGACUCUCUGGCGGGGGGCUCCAAAGAACAGCAGGCCCCCCCGCAGCCAGAGCCUUCCCAGCCACAGACCCUGCCCCUUCCAGACGCGCAGCCAGAGGCUGUGCCCGAAGUGCCGCAGCAGGAUCAGCCCGGACUCCUGCAGGCCCCACAGGACCAAGACGUUCUCAGCCAGGGGAACCCAUUCAUGGGCGUAUCCUCUGCGGCCACCACACCGGCUGCAGCACCCUCUUCCUCCGCCGGAGGGCAGCAAGCUGCGGCCCCUCCUCCAGCCCCAAAGAUUGUCAUCUUGAAGGCGCCGGUGGGUGGCUCAGUGACGGGGGCCCACGUCGCCCAGAUCCAAGCCCAGCCCAUAGGGGCCGCCAAUGGGGGCAAAGUGACCUUCGCCAAGGUGCUGACGGGCACCCCAUUGCGGCCGGGGGUUUCCAUUGUCUCAGGCAACGCGGUGCUGGCCACCAAAGUGUCUCCCGGAGCCGGGGGCCCUGCGACACUCCACCGUCUUGUGCAGCCUGGUCGGCCUGUCAAGCAGCUCGUGCUUCAGCCCAUCAAGAGCCAACCAGGGGGCAGCACAGGGGCCACGCCGCUGAAACCAGCUGUGACUCUGACUUCCACUCCGGCACAGGGAGAGUCAAAACGCAUCACCUUGGUCCUCCAGCAGCCCCCGGCGGGUGGCGGCGCACCAGGGCAGCGCCAUGUAGUUUUGGGCAGCCUGCCGGGCAAGAUUGUGCUCCAGGGGAACCAACUGGCUGCCCUGAGCCAGGCCAAGGGCACACCAGGGCAGCCGGCCAAGGUAGUCACUAUCCAACUCCAGGUCCAGCAGCCCGGCCAGCAGCAGCAACCUGGGGGCCAUCCAGGAACCCAGAAGAUCCAACUCUUGCAGCAGCCCCCAGCCAGCGCCUCCGGUCAGCAAGGCCCAUUGAGCAUCUCCUCGGUACAGCAGGCCCAGGUGGUGGGCAGCUCGGGACAGAGAGUGACGGUUCCCCUCAAGGUAGUGCUGCAACCACAGGCCAGCUCGUCGCAAGGCAGCUCCUCGGGGCUCUCGGUUGUGAAGGUGCUGAGCAGCAGCGAAGUGGCAGCCCUUCCCUCCUCUAGUGGGGCUACGCGGAGCAGCUCGGACGAAUCCCGCAAGCUGGAGCACCAGAAGAAGCAAGAGAAGGCCAACCGGAUUGUGGCGGAAGCCAUCGCUCGUGCCCGAGCACGGGGCGAGCAGAACAUCCCCCGCGUGCUGAACGAGGACGAGCUGCCCAGCGUGCGCCCCGAGGAGACAGGGGAGCGCAAGCGGCGCCGGAAGGGCGGGGGCGAGCGCAUCCCCAAGGAGGAGCGGCCACGCAAGGGCAGGGGCCAAGGGGGGUCCGGCAAGAGUAAAGGAAGAGGGAAGCCCAGCACCAUCACGCCAGUCGUGGGGAAAAAGCGAAAACGCAACGCCUCCUCGGACAACUCGGAUGCCGAGGUAAUGCCGGCACAGUCCCCACGCGAGGAGGAGGAAAGCAGCGUUCAGAAGCGGCGCUCGAACCGUCAGGUGAAGCGGAAGAAAUACACGGAGGAUCUGGACAUCAAGAUCACAGACGAUGAGGAAGACGAGGAGCUGGAUGUGACAGGGCCCGUCAAGGCUGAACAGUUGCCAGCCCCCGAGCCGCCUGCUCCAGAGCCGAUCCCUGAGGGGGAGACUCUCCCUUCCAUGCAGUUCUUUGUGGAAAACCCCAGCGAGGAGGAUGCUGCUAUAGUAGACAAAGUGCUAUCCAUGCGGGUGGUGAAGAAGGAGCUUCCCAAUGGGCAGUUCACAGAGGCAGAAGAAUUCUUUGUGAAGUACAAGAACUACUCUUACUUGCACUGCGAAUGGGCCACCAUUGCUCAGCUGGAGAAGGACAAGAGAAUUCACCAGAAACUCAAACGCUUUAAGACCAAAAUGGCUCAGAUGAGGCACUUCUUUCAUGAGGAUGAGGAGCCCUUCAACCCAGACUACGUGGAGGUUGACCGCAUCCUAGAUGAGUCACACAGCAUUGACAAGGACAAUGGGGAGCCGGUGAUCUAUUACCUGGUGAAGUGGUGUUCGCUCCCCUAUGAGGACAGCACGUGGGAACUCAAAGAGGACGUGGAUGAAGGGAAGGUCCGGGAGUUCAAACGCAUCCAGUCGAGACAUCCUGAGCUCAAACGGGUGGCCCGUCCUCAGGCAGGUUCCUGGAAGAAAUUAGAGCUGUCCCAUGAAUACAAGAAUGGAAACCAGCUGCGAGAAUAUCAGCUGGAGGGUGUGAAUUGGUUGUUAUUCAACUGGUACAACAGGCAAAAUUGCAUCCUGGCAGACGAAAUGGGCCUGGGUAAAACCAUCCAGUCGAUUGCCUUCCUGCAAGAGGUUUACAAUGUGGGGAUCCGGGGGCCCUUCUUGGUCAUUGCCCCUCUCUCCACCAUCACCAACUGGGAGCGGGAGUUUAACACCUGGACCGAGAUGAACACCAUUGUCUACCAUGGCAGCCUUGCCUCCCGCCAGAUGAUCCAACAGUAUGAGAUGUACUGCAAGGAUUCUCGGGGCCGCCUGAUCCCAGGUGCAUACAAGUUUGAUGCCCUCAUCACCACCUUUGAGAUGAUCCUGUCAGACUGCCCUGAGCUGAGGGAGAUAGAGUGGCGUUGUGUCAUAAUUGACGAAGCUCAUCGCCUUAAGAACCGCAAUUGCAAACUGCUGGACAGUCUUAAGCACAUGGACCUGGAGCACAAAGUGUUACUGACUGGCACCCCCCUCCAGAACACAGUGGAAGAACUCUUCAGCCUUCUGCAUUUCCUCGAGCCCUCCCAGUUCCCCUCAGAAUCGGAGUUCCUCAAGGACUUUGGUGACCUCAAAACUGAGGAGCAGGUGCAGAAACUGCAGGCCAUCCUGAAGCCUAUGAUGCUUCGCCGGCUGAAGGAGGACGUGGAGAAGAACUUGGCCCCCAAGCAGGAAACCAUCAUUGAGGUGGAGCUCACCAACAUCCAGAAGAAGUACUACCGGGCCAUCCUGGAGAAGAACUUCAACUUCCUGUCCAAAGGGGCAGGGCAUAGCAACAUGCCCAACCUCCUCAACACCAUGAUGGAGCUGCGCAAGUGCUGCAACCACCCCUACCUCAUCAAUGGUGCAGAGGAGAAGAUCCUGACUGAGUUUCGGGACUCGUGCCAUCAACGUGUGCCCCACGACUUCCCCUUGCAGGCCAUGGUGCGUUCCUCUGGGAAGCUGGUGCUGAUUGAUAAGCUGCUCCCCAAGCUGAAGGCCGGCGGGCACAAGGUGCUGAUCUUUUCCCAAAUGGUCCGUUGCCUUGACAUCCUGGAGGACUACCUCAUCCAGAAGAGGUAUCUUUACGAACGCAUUGACGGGAGAGUGCGGGGGAACCUGCGGCAGGCAGCCAUCGAUCGCUUCAGCAAGCCUGACUCCGACCGCUUUGUCUUUCUGCUCUGCACACGGGCGGGUGGGCUGGGGAUCAAUCUGACGGCCGCCGACACUUGCAUCAUCUUUGACUCGGACUGGAAUCCCCAGAAUGACCUGCAGGCACAGGCUCGCUGCCACCGUAUCGGGCAGAGCAAGGCAGUAAAGGUCUACCGUCUCAUCACCCGCAACUCUUACGAGCGUGAGAUGUUUGACAAAGCCAGCCUCAAGCUGGGCCUGGACAAGGCUGUUCUGCAGUCUAUGAGUGGGCGAGAAGGCAGCAUUGCCGGGAUCCAGCAGUUUUCAAAGAAGGAGAUUGAAGACCUGCUGCGUAAGGGGGCCUACGCUGCCAUCAUGGAAGAGGACGACGAGGGCUCCAAGUUCUGCGAGGAGGAUAUUGACCAGAUUCUCCUUCGGCGCACCACCACCAUCACCAUUGAGAGUGAGGGGAAGGGGUCCACCUUUGCCAAGGCAAGCUUUGUGGCCUCCGAGAACAGGACCGACAUUGCCUUGGAUGAUCCCAAUUUCUGGCAAAAGUGGGCCAAGAAGGCAGACUUGGACCUGGAUAUGCUCAACAGCAAGAACAACCUGGUGAUUGACACGCCCCGGGUGCGCAAGCAGACGCGCCACUUCAGCACCCUGAAGGACGACGACCUGGUGGAGUUCUCCGACUUGGAGAGCGAUGAUGACGACCGGCCGCGCUCCCGGCGCCAUGACCGCCACCACCAUCAUCCUCUCCACCACUCGUACGGGCGCACGGACUGCUUCCAAGUGGAGAAGCAACUGCUAGUCUAUGGGUGGGGUCGCUGGCGAGAGAUCCUGUCGCACGGACGAUUCAAGCGGCGGAUGUCAGAGCGGGACGUGGAGACCAUUUGCCGCGCCAUCUUGGUGUACUGCCUGAUGCAUUACCGGGGCGAUGAGAACAUCAAAGGGUUCAUCUGGGAUCUCAUCAGCCCAGUUGAGAACGGCAAAGCCAAAGAACUUCAAAACCACUCUGAGAGCCAUGCCCCUGCUCUGAGCUCACUUCCUGUUCCUCGGACAGGCCUGUCCAUCCCAGUCCCGCGGGGCCGCAAGGGGAAGAAAGUCAAGUCCCAGACCACUUUUGACGUCCAGAAAGCCGAGUGGAUCCGCAAGUACAACCCGGACACCCUCUUCCAGGAUGAGGGCUACAAGAAACAUCUCAAGCACCAAUGCAACAAGGUGCUCCUACGGGUGCGCAUGCUCUAUUACCUGCGCCAGGAGGUGAUUGGGGACCAAGCCGAGAAAGUUUUGGCAGGAGCCGCUUCCAGUGAAAUUGACAUCUGGUUCCCACUGGUGGAUCAAGCAGAGGUCCCCACAGCCUGGUGGGAUACGGACGCUGACAAGUCCUUGCUCCUUGGCGUCUUCAAACACGGCUACGAAAAGUACAACACCAUGCGAGCGGACCCUGCGCUCUGCUUCCUGGAGAAGGCCGGCCGCCCAGACGACAAGGCCAUUGCCGCCGAGCACCGCCUGGAUGUGGGAGAAGGGGUGGAUUUUGACAAGGACUGCGAGGACCCGGAAUACAAACCAGUGGGAGGCCCCACCAAGGAGCCAGAUGAUGAGGGUGACCCAUUGAUAAUGAUGGAUGAAGAAAUAUCUGUGGUGGAUGGUGAGGAAGGUCAGCCAGGGAACCUGUUCUGGCCCCCAGCCUCGGCCCUCACAGCACGUUUGCGGAGACUAAUCACCGCCUUCCAGCGGAGCUACAAGCGUGAGCAGCUCAAGAUGGAGGCUGCGGAACGAGGGGACCGGCGUCGCCGGCGUUGUGAGGCCGCCUUCAAGCUGAAAGAGAUGGUGCGGCGGGAGAAACAGCAGAGGUGGACACGUCGAGAGCAAUCUGACUUCUAUCGUGUGGUCUCCACGUUUGGGGUGGAGUAUGACCCGGACACCAUGCGCUUCCACUGGGGCCGCUUCCGGGCCAUGGCCCGGCUGGAGAAGAAGACGGAUGAGAGCCUCGCCAAGUAUUUCCAUGGGUUCGUGGCCAUGUGUCGGCAAGUGUGCCGGCUGCCUCCUGCCGCAAGCGAUGAGUCUCCAGACCCCACGCUGUUCAUCGAGCCCAUCACAGAGGAGCGGGCCUCGCGCACCCUCUACCGCGUUGACCUCCUGCGGCGCCUGCGGGAACAAGUCCUGUGCCACCCCCUCUUGGAAGAGCGUCUUGCCCUGUGCCAGCCGCCGGGCCCCGAGAUGCCACCCUGGUGGCAGUGUGGCCGCCACGACGGAGAGCUGCUGCGGGGUGUCGCACGCCACGGCCUCAGCCAGACUGACACCACCAUCAUGCAGGACCCGGACUUCUCCUUCCUAGCCGCUCGACUCAACCACAUGCACAGUCGGGCGGGGAGCACGGGGACGCCUCCGCUUCCCCCGCCGACACAGCCUUCGGGGCUUCCUCUUCCUGGGGCCAGUGUGGCUGCUGCUCCCGCCCCCCUGCUCCUCCCCCCACCCUUGCAUGAGCUCCCCGUUCCGCCACAGCUCCCGGCACACCCUGUUAAACCUGAAUCGGCCGAUGACUCUGACUCGGAGCUGGACCUCAGCAAGAUCUCUGCUUCCUCGUCUUGCUCUUCCUCCUCAGGCUGCUCUGACGAUAGCGAGGGCGAAGAGGCUGCUUGUGGUGGGAAGCUGUUUGAGGAAGAGGAGUCAUCGCUUUUAUCCCUGCCCACCUCCCACGAGGGCAGCUCCCCACAGCCCAGCGCCUCGGACCUGCUGUUGCAGGAGCGCCAGCGUGCCCACGAGUGGCCAAAGGACCGAGUGCUCAUCAACCGCAUCGACUUGGUGUGUCAAGCCGUGCUCUCUGGGAAGUGGCCGACAGCGCAGCAGGGCCAGUUGGGGCCCUGCGGGGGCCAGGGGGAAGCCCUCCCCCGCUUGCACGGGGAGUACACCAGCUCUCCCAUCCCCCACAUCUGCCCCCUGGCGUCGCAGGAGGAAGGAGUGACCUCCUUCACCCGCCUCCGGCACGGCGGCCAAGACAAGGAGUUCACCGUGCAGAUCAAAGAUGAAGAGGGAAUCAAGCUGACCUUCCAGAAGCACAAACUGGUCCCGAAUGGCACCAUGCGGGAUCGCCCGGCUGUCACUCAGAAGAAGAGCAGCAAGAAGAUGGUGGAGCUGGAGCUACAGUGCCUGGAGGCGCUGAGAGGCCCCGAUAUCGACCUUGAGGCCCGUAUCCCGGUGGUGAACAAGACGGACGGAACGUUGCUGGUGGGGGAUGCAGCUCCCCGGCGGGCUGACCUCGAGGUCUGGCUGCAGGCCCACCCAGAGUAUGCUGUGGACCCUCGCUUCCUGGCCUACAUGGAGGAGCGCCGGAAGCACCGGUGGCCCCGGUUUCCCAAGCCAGUCCCCAUAGAGCCGAGCUGCCUAAUGGGGCUGGAGCGGAUGCAGGCAGCCAGCAUCUCUGCUAACGGCAAGAAGGGCUUUCUGCCAGACCCCACCAUGAACCGUCUCCUCCCAGGACCAGUUGGGGCCGAGAAUGCCCAGAAACGAGGCCGCCAGACCCCCAUGGAGUUUUCCAACAUGAUGGCUCUGAUGGGCGCUGGCCGGGUCCAACUGGGAGCCACAGGCCCCCUCUCCUUGCACCACACCCACUUCCAAGCCAGCCCAGCCCACGGCGCUCCUUUACAAUACAUGCCCUUUCCUACUGCAGCUGCCGCCACUGCCGCCGCCGCCGCCUCGUCCUCCGGCACCCUGCUCCACCCCGGGCUCGGCCACGCCGGCUAUGCCACCGGUGCCUUGCACCUGGGCCACCCACAGCCUGUUGAUGAGGACGAGGAGGAAGACGAGAUGGAUGACUUGUCUCAGGGCUACGCCAGCUCGGAGCGGGACUUCUCCUUGCUCGACGACGACCCGAUGAUGCCGGCUAACUCUGAUUCCAGCGAUGAAGGGGAUGAGCAGGAGGACGACUGAGCUUUGGUCCCGGGAACCGGGAAGGACGCAAACAGGGUCCAGCUUGCUGGGACUCGCCAUCUCCUUGAUGUUGAAUUGGACAGGCCAGAGACUCGGUGCCCGCUUGGGCUGGGCUGGUUCUCCUCGUUCCAACGCGGGGCUUGCAGGGAGGACAAAAUGGGAAUCCUUCCACCCCAGUGAGGGUCGAUUAGACAACUGCUGUCCUUGUGUGGCUUACUGGGUAUUUUUUUCCUUUAAAUGGCUGUUGGUUUGGUUGGCGAGUCCUGCCUCUCCUCCUGGCACUUGGUAUUAUCAAUUGGGAACUGUCCUAGGGAUGGCUGUCUACUUGAGCUCUGUGGGCAGCAAGACCACAACAGGUGUCCCGUUUAGCCGAGACGAUCUGGGUAUAGUCAGCAGCUCCUCUUUUGGCUCUCCCCCACAGUCUGUUCCGUUUCUCUCCCCAACCUCACCCCACUCCAUUCACCAUCACCCCCAUCCUA